UAAACGCUGCCUGAGCCUGUCAGAGAGCUGCUUCUACUUCUGCCUUGGUAGUUUGAAACAGAGCCUCGGCCGGCGGCUGGGGACGGCUGGCGCCCACAGACUUUGUGCAGAAUGUCAUCAGAUGAGGAGAAAAGCACAAGUCCAGUUUUUCCAAAAGACUCUUUUCGGGGCAGUUCUGUUUCGUCUGAUCUUCAGGAUGAAUAUGAAGAGCUGCUUAAUUAUGUUGCAGUGACUCCAAAAUUCGAACAGUGUGUUUCAAAGUGGUCAGAACCUGCUUCAGAACUAAAAAGAGGUGGCAGAUUUUCAAGUCUAAUAUAUGAUGUCAUUCACCCUAAGACUUCAGAUAUGAUCAUGUUGAAGCCGCCUUCUGAGGCCAAUAUGGAACGACCUCACCCUCCUCUUUCAGAAGAAACUUCUUCACAAGGGCGUGCACACAGUCCAAAAGUAGUAAAUGAAGCUGUAGCAACUGAAUUAACUUUGCCCGAUGAAAAUAUAACUGAAAUAGAAAACAUAUUUGAUUUCUGGAGUGGAAGUCUUAAGACAAAUGUUCUGGCUGAGUUGAGAAAAUGGAAGCUUAGUUUGAUUGAAAACCUUAAACAAGAAAAAGAGAAACAUGCUGCACAUGUGAGACAAUUGAGCAAUGAGACGGAAAACCUGAAGGAGUUGCUGCAUACUUAUGAAAUCUCUAUUAGCAGGAAAGAUGAGGUGAUUACUAACUUGACUCGAGCAUUAGAGAAACAAAAGGAGAGAGUAGACUUAAUGAGAAAUUUUACACUGUGGCGAAUUCAGCAUGUUGAAGCCAAACAACAGGAAUAUGCCAAUAGAAUAGCAGACAGGCAAUUCCGGAUGGCUUUGAUGAAGAAAGUGUGGGCUGCAUGGCGCUCCCUUAGUGAAGAAAAAUGGAAAGAAAAAGUAGCAAAAGCAUGUCAGUUAAGGGCAGAAGAUGUCUGUGUUCAGCUCACCAAUGAUUAUGAAGCCAAAAUUGCUGAGUUAACUGCUGCUUUGGAAGAGACAAAAGCUGAGAUUCUGCGAAUGCAAAGUGAAAGAGAACAGUAUGAAGGCACCAUGAAGAAAGCCUUUUUGCGUGGUGUAUGUGCUUUGAAUAUGGAAGCAAUGACUAUAUUUCAGGGCAAAGACAGCAGUACAGAAUCUGGAAAGCUACCUCCAUCACAGUACAAUCCGCCCUCAUCACCUCUUCCACCAGCAACCACUCUUCAUCAGGAAGACAUGUUCUCUACCCACUUGGGCCAUGCAAGCACUUCUCAGACGAGGCUAGAUUCCUGUUCUCCAGUAAUUGUCACUAGUACAGCUGCAGGAUCUGGUGCGGCAUCAACUCAAAAACCGCCUAUGGCGAAAGUAAUAACAUCUUCUCAACAGAAAGCAGUAAGAACAAUCACUGCUCGAAUAAUGGGCAGAGCUGAUGUGGGACAAAAAGCCAGAAUUUGUGGCAGUUUAGCAGUGAUGGGUGUUGCUCCACCCAUGAGUUCACUCAUUGUUGAAAAACAUCAUCCAGUCACUCAGCAAACCAUAUCCCAAGCCACUGCAGCUAAAUAUCCUCGAACUCUGCUCCAUUCUUCUGGUUCUGCCACCAUGAGACCUGCAGGACAAACUGGACGAAUACUUCAGGGCCAGACUCCUACCAGUGUUCAGUCAAUAAAAGUUGUUGACUGAGUGGGUAUCUUUCUUACCAAUAGGGUUUUAUAUCAAGGUACAAUUCAAACUCCAUCCCAGUCUUUUCAGAUUUGAUGUAGCAAGGCCUAAAGUAUGUAUCACGUUUUUACCCUUUUCUAAAAAUAGGCUUUUUUAAGUAGAAAUGGUUUUAUAGUAAACAUCUGGAGGGGAAUUUGAAAUAUUCUGCCUCCAAACUGUUUGAGAACUUACUUUAUUAAGAUAAACACUUUUUAUUUAAGGAAUCUUUUGCAGACUUUUAAAUAAAGAACAUAAUGCAAUUUUUGUCUAAA